GGCAGACCUUUGACUAAGUGAGAGCUGAGCAGCUGAGAAGCAGAAACUCUGGAAACUCGAUGUCUUUUGUGGACCCGUCGGUUGAUGGCAACGGAACAAUGGACUACAGCGAUAUCGAAUCCUUCUUCGGCGGCCCGGGAUACGGCGAGGAGGACGAAUAUGACAUCAAAACAGAUUACGUGACUUUGUGUGACAAAACCGAAGUGAUCCGCUUCGGGGCGCAAAUCCUGCCAGCGUUCUACUGCACCAUCUUCUUGCUCAGCCUGCUGGGUAACGGCCUCGUUCUCUACAUCAUCUACAUGUACGAGAAACUCGGCACGGUCACCAACAUCUUCCUCCUCAACCUGGUCAUCUCCGAUCUGGUUUUCGCCCUCAGCCUCCCGUUCUGGGCCACGUACCAUUCGUCGGAGUGGAUUUUCGGAGUUGCCCUCUGCAAGCUCGUGGGUGCCGUCUAUUUUCUGGGCUUCUACAGCUCCAUGCUCUUUCUGAUGCUGCUGACCUUCGACAGGUACUUGGCCGUGGUCCACGCGGUCCCUGCUGCGAAGAGCAGGAAGAAGGCCUACGCCCUGGGCUCCUCCGUGGUGGUGUGGUGCGUCAGCUUCCUGGCGACAGUCAAGGAGUUUUUCCUCUACAACGUGCAGGACAUGGAAAACUACAAGAAGAUCUGCGAGGAAACGGGCUUCUCCAAGGACGUCCUGAGCAAAUGGCAGCUCGUGGGCUACUACCAGCAGUUCUUGCUCUUUUUCCUGCUGCCCUUGCUCGUUGUGCUCUACUGCUACAUGAGAAUAACGCUGAGGAUCAUUCACACGAGGAUGCGGGAGAAGUGCAGGGCGCUCAAGCUCAUCUUUGUCAUCAUCGUGACGUUUUUCAUGUGCUGGACGCCGUACAACGUGGUCAUCUUGCUGCGCGCCAUACGGCUGGGCGGCGCCGCCGACUCCUGUGACACCGGACUCGACUACGCGCUCUACGUGACGCGUAACAUAGCCUACCUCUACUGCUGCGUCAACCCCGUCUUCUACACGUUCGUGGGCAAGAAGUUUCAGAAUCAUCUAGUGAAGAUGCUGUCAAAACAUUUCCCCUCUUUGAAGGAUCACGUGUUAGCAAGUCAGAGUAGCAGAACGACAUCGUUCAGGAGCCCCACCACUGUCCACGAGUACUAAUGCAGCUCAGCGCAGGGCUGUGAUUCGGUUGUGUGUGUGUGUGUGUGUCUAAAUACGUACAUAUAUACUCUAUAUAUACUGUAUAUUCA